AUGGGUGCCGUCGUUUCCUGCAUCAAGUCCGUCCUCCGCGCCAUCGGACGCGCACUCACUGCCAUCGUCAACGGUAUCGCCGGGAUCAUCAUGGCAAUCGUCAACGGUAUUGCAAAUGUCUUCAACAUCAUCAUUAACUGCCUCACCUGUGGCCGCACCGGCCGUCGUCGGACCCAUAGAACCCACACCCGGUCGACGCGUAUCAUGUAA